AUGAUGACAAAUAAAGUAAAGGAGACUUUGAUGGUGUUUUACCAAAAUAUUAAUGGACUGGGUAAAAAAAAAGAUUGUUUAAAGGAUUAUUCAACAAAGAGCAGCCAUGAUAUUUAUAUAUUGACUGAAACAAAACAUCGACCAGGAAAAAUAAAAGUAUUUAAAGAGGAUUGUUUCCCAGAAAAUUUCCGCAUUUUGAGAACAGCAGGAUUCACGAAAAAGUCAGGAAAUGCACAAGGAGGUGUUUUGAUAGCUGCAGCUAAAACAUUUAAUUUAAAGCUUAACAAGAAAUUAAAAAAGAAGUUCGACACUAAAUUAGUUUACGCUCAUCCAGUAUGUCCAGCACCUCGAUUCCAAAACUUUUUUGUUGAACUUUCGAAAAUUAAAAACGAAAGACAAUAUGAUAAUUUCAUUAUUGCUGGUGAUUUUAAUUACGACGAAUUUUAUAAAUACAAAGUGUCGAAUAGUUCUGCAAUAUCAAUACAACUUUCAAAAGUCAUUAAAUUUGAAAAUUCAACAGGAAUUAAAAUGCAAUGUGGUGAAGAAAGUUUGAAUGACAAUGGGAACAUGCUUGACAUGAUUUUCUGUAAUCAAGAUAUUUUUGUCAGAAAUGAACCAACAGUUUUACAAAAAUCCCCACAACAACAUAAGUCAUUGAUUUUCAAUUUCAAAAUGGAACGAUCUUCCCAAGAAGAAUUGCUGAAACUUUCAAUGGAAAAAAUUAUUUCAAGUUUCGAUAUAGCACUAAAAGAAUUAGAAAAAUGUGUAAAGUUUAGUUCUGCUAUUGAUACUCGGCAGAUGUCUGAUCCCAUAGGACCAUAUGUGAUGGAAAAAUUAGCCACCAUCAAUAAAUACGGAACAAAUAUGGAGACCAAGAUGGAGACAUUAAAAAGUGCUAUCAGAAUUGGAACACAAACUAAUAACAAUCAUUCUAAAUCCAAAAGGCAGGAUUUUGAUUUCCCUUCAAGUGGUCGAAAACUAGAAAUGUGA